UAAAACACACUAUGCUAUGGAAGGACUGAGGCGAGGCCACUCUGUUGGUCCAGUAAACAGUUUCCUCUUGAUUCUAUUUAACUGUAGGUGUAUGCUCUUUAAGUAAAUGGAUUAAGCUCACCAGCUUCUAACCUUAAGAGUGUCUGAAGAAAUCAGAGAUCAUGUCAGCAAUCAAAGUUGCCUUGCAGCAGCGCCAGAAGAAUGGCAGAAGGAAAACCACUGAGACGUUAUCUGCAGAGGCGUCACCAGACUCCAAGUGUCCCAUCUGUUUGGAUGUGUUCAACAACAUUGCUUACCUGGACCUUUGUCUGCACAAGUUCUGUUUCCGCUGCAUUCAUGAGUGGUCUAAGAACAAAGCAGAGUGCCCGCUGUGCAAACAACCCUUUCAUUCGAUUUAUCACACUAUAAAAUCAGAGCAAGACUUCAAGAAGUAUGACCUGAAGCCGCUGGAUAAUGGCUCUUUUGGAACUUUUGGGGGAGUGCGGUUUAGAUACCGCACGACUCUAACGGAGGUCCGUCGAUCGAUGCCUCCUCCAGAUAAUGGGGUUAUGUUUGAGGCUUCAACAAACCUUCCUCUACAGAGGCAGGACCGUUAUGUUCGACGUAUGCUCGCGACGUUGGCAGCAAAGAGGAGAGCUGCAAGUGAAGGCAGGGUGGUGAACAAUGUCAGAGAGCAGGAAAUGGUUAACUUCAGGAGGGAACUCUACCGCCAAGGGGUGAGGGUUCGAAAUGUUCGUGAUGGUGGCCGCUCAAGAGACACCUCAGCUGAAUUUUUCAGAAGAAACCCUGCUUGUCUACAUAGACUUAUCCCCUGGCUCAAAAGAGAACUUAUUGUGCUUUAUGGAGCCCAUGGCUCUUUGGUCAACAUAGUUCAACACAUUAUCAUGUCCCGGAUCACACGUUAUGACAUGGAGGAUGGAGCUAUUCAGGAAGAGCUCAGGCCAUUCCUCCAGGGCCGCACAGAGCACUUUCUGCACGAGUUCAUCAGCUUUGCAAAGUCUCCCUUUAAUAUGGAGGCCUAUGACCAACACGCUGUCUAUGACUGCCCAGCACCGUCUUCAAAUGACAGCAGCUCUAGCUCGUCUGUAAUUGCUAUCUCAGAGGAUGAGGAACUCUCUACGGAAUUGGAUCCCCAAGGAGACUCCACAUCUACCCUGAGCCAGUCUAUGUGGGAUGAUGAGACGCCAGGGCCUUCAUAUUCUACAACAGCAGAGCAGAACAGGGCAGAGUGUCUAUCCGUUGCAGACUCAGACUCAGACAGCAGUGAGGAUGAGACACAUGAGUUAAGAGCUACUCUGCAGCAAAUGAGUCCCCAUACCCGAACAGAUUUACCACAGGAGGAAGUAAACAAAGAAGAUUGUUUGACUUCUGACAGUGAUGACUGUGUCAUUGUUGGCUUUGUCAAGCCAACAACAGAAAGGACUCCAGAGCUGGUGAAACUCUCCUCUGACUCGGAUGAGUCUGCUGUUGAAGAUACUAAAGAAGUGCCUCUUUUGCCACAACACAUCCGCUUCACCAGUCUCAGUCCUGUCGCUUCACAGAGCAGUGGUGCUGGACUGUCAGAAAAUCCAGAAACAGAUUAUCAAGUGGAUACAAAAGAAAGAUAUAGCUCUUCAACAUCUAGCCGACACAAUACAUCUAGUAAAUCAGACAGAAAAGAAAGGAACAAAAGAUUUGACAGUAAUGAUACAUCUAGAGAGAGGCAGCGGUCAAAGGAUAGAGACCAUAGGAGAAGAAGGAGGUCUAGAAGUGGAGAGGGCAGGCACUCUAUCCGAAGUCCUGUAAAUACCCACAGCAGUGUCAGCACUCUGUCCAGAGACAGAGGGUAUUCUUACUCCACUAGCAGAGACUUUUACUCUAAAUGUGAAACUAACUAUAAAAGGAGGGACGAUGAUCGCAGCUAUCAGUCAUACAGACAUUACAGCCAAGCGAGAAAGGAUAAAGGGAUGCAUUACACAGAGAGGCAUUCCUAUUACUACAGUACUAGCAAGCACUCAGAUCAGCACACCCACUCUCGCUCCAGGAGCUGCAGCAAGGACUCCAGAAGGCGAGACAGGAGGCAUUCUCGAUCCAGGUCCUAUUCCAGCAGUCGUUCUCCUACAGCGAAAAAGAGAUCUCACCACGACAAGCCCGGUGGAAAGAGGAAAUACAAAACAAGGCAUUUGGAGGAACCAUCCGACGUCCUCGCCAACUUUAAUGCUGACGGCGAAACUUCUACUCCCACGAGGAAAAAGAGCAAAGAGAAGCAUCAUAAAAAAUCCAAAGAGAGGUCGAGAAAGACGAGCAGGAGUCUGAGCGUGGAGCUCGUCAACGAGGAAAACUCUCAUGAGAGAAGCAAGCGACAUAAGAAAAAGAAGAAACACAAAAAGAAGAGCAAAAGGCACAGGAGUAAUGAACGCACAGAGAAGCACUCGCCUGCCGUCAUUACUAUUGACAGUGACAGUGAUUCUUUUGCUAACGGUAGUGCCACCCAGGCCCCUGAUUCUGAAGCAGUCAUGAAUAUUGAGACUCCUACAGUUUGUGGUGAGAACUGAUAGAUCCACUCAGCUGCUAAUGCCUGUGAGCAGUAUUCAGAACACAACAAUAUUAUGAUUAAGUUUACUAGACUUAGGGAUAUGAUAAAUACGCACAUCCCUUUAUAAAUGCCAUUGCAACUGCGACAGUUCUGUGGACUAUAGCUUCCAUGACGGACAGAGACAUUUGAAUUGAACUGUUGAGUUGACAUUCUUUGGAAAAAAAGACCAUCGCUGGCCAUUACUGUCUGGUUUUCUGACUGAUGACUACACCUACAGUAAUCCUUAUGUAUGUGCCAAGUGCCACUUUGAACAAGGAUGAAUGGAAUACUAUCAUCAUCAAAAUCCUUUUUAGUCUCAAUUUUUAUUCUGCAAAAUUUUCUUUCUUUUCAGAUGUAUUUUAUUUCUCAGGUGCUCUCAGGGAUAAUUUUGAUAACAGUGAUAUUUUUAAAUGUAAUCAGAAGUCAUAUAUCAUUUUAAGACCAAAACUACCUGUUUUUCGUGGAGUAGCACUUACUAUCCACAGGUGGUGUACGAAUGCCAGAUUUUGGGCUUUUGUAUUGAGUUUUAUUUAAAAUAAAUUGUAUUGAGCAACA